CCCUUCAAUACCGACACGUGAUCCCGUUUGCCCCGCCCAUUUAACCGCAGAUUGGCAGCGUCUGUUUCCGAGGCCCCGCCUCCCGAUGAUGUAACAAUCUCUUCGCGCAUGUUCACAGUCUCCGGGUGGACGGUGUUAUCCUCUCCGCUCAGAGCUGAAGUGGGUCGGCUGUGUUAUCGGGAAAGACUUUCGUCUCUUCCGUCGGGAUCACUGUCUGCGGGCCGAAGAUAUCACUUUCCCAUCGACCUGCAGUGAGAGAUUUAUUGGAAGAAAAACCACGACUGAACACGAGGGAACAGCAACAAGUGAACCAGCCCGAGGAUUGAGAGCACUGAUUGGAGAGAAACCAAUCUGACUCGGAGAUUCCGGUGAUUCAGUCAGGAGAAAGUUUGGUUACAAACGACGAGGAAUUUGCGGGAAUCUUGAACACAACACACCAGUUUUGUUGUCGCUGUCCAGAUACUUACGAAGUGGAACAAGGGAUUCACUCGAUCAUCUUUCCUGCUCAGACUGUGGGAGGGAUUCAGUUGAUCAUCUGUGUGACUGGCAUAUCCGUCAUCCUACACAGGAGGGACCCGAUCAUCUGCUCAGACGGUGGGAAUGGAUUCAGUCUGUUAUUUCAACUGAAGUUACAUCAGCAAGUUCCCACUGGGCAAGACCAUUCACCUGUUCUGUGUGUGAGAAGGGAUUCAGUCGGUCUUCCCACCUGUGGGCACACCAGUCAGUUCACUGGGCAGGGGCUGAUCAUUUGCUGAAUUUGUGGGGAAGGAUUCACUCGGUCAUCUGACCUAAUGGCUCACCAGCGAGUUCACACUGAGGAGUGGCCGUUCACCUGUUCAGACUGUGGGAAGGGAUUCACUCGGUCAUCUAAACUAAAGGUACAUCAGCGAGUUCACACUGGGGAGAGGCCUUUCACCUGCUCAGACUGCGGGAAAGGAUUCACUCAGUCAUGGACCCUAGCUGCACACCAGCGAGUUCACACUGGUGAGAGGCCGUUCAACUGCUCAGACUGUGGGAAGGGAUUCACUUACCCAUCCCAACUGAGGGAGCAUCACCAAGUUCACACUGGGGAGAGGCCGUUCACCUGCUCAGUGUGUGGGAAGGGAUUUACUUGAUCAUCUCAACU